UGUGAGGGUAGUUUCUUCUCCCACUACAUGGUAUAUAUCAACAAAUCAAAACCCAAAAAUCACAACCAUCAUCCCAUAAUUUCAUACUCUAAGAAAGAACAACUUCAACCGUAAUAACUCUCUCUUUUUCCUUAACAACAAUUUCAAAUGGAUCAAACUGAACAACCAGAAAUUGGUAUCAAAAUCUACACUGCAUCACCUUCAUCAUUAAACCCUUCUCAAUACCCUCCAUCACCAUCUCUUCUUCCUCCCUCAGACCCGGCCUCAGGCCCGCAACUCACAUCCUCAGGUGCACCAAAAAAAAAGAGAGUUGCAGUUGCAAAAUCAGUCCAAAAAACCCUAUCAAAAACAUCCAUGUUAGCACAUUUCCUUCCUACAGGAACCCUACUCACAUUUGAGAUGGUACUCCCUUCUAUUUAUGGUGUUGGUGAAUGUUCAUCUGUAACAACUAUUAUGACUAUUAUCUUACUUAUAUUAUGUGCACUUUCAUGUUUUUUCUUCCAUUUUACUGAUAGUUUUAAGGCUCCUGAUGGACGGGUUUACUAUGGUUUUGUUACUCGAAAUGGGUUGGCGGUUUUUAAACCUGGUUUGGAUGUUGAAGUUCCUAAAGAGGAUAAAUAUAACGUACAUUUUGCUGAUUUUGUGCAUGCUAUGAUGUCUGUUAUGGUGUUCAUGGCGAUUGCGUUUUCGGAUCAUCGGGUCACUAACUGUCUUCUACCGGGUCAUGCUAAGGAAAUGGAGGAAGCAAUGGAGAGUUUUCCAUUGAUGGUUGGUGUUGUUUGUAGUUGUCUUUUCCUUAUUUUUCCUAAGGCUCGUUUUGGUGUUGGAUGCAUGGCUACUUAGAGAGAAAUGCAUGUACUUGGUGUACGUUACUUUGUGUUGGUAGUUUUUUUUUUUUCUUCAUUUAUGAUUAGUUUAGUGUGAUGUUAUUUGUUUAGGUUUCUGUUAUUGAUAGAUCAUGUUGUAUGCUACUAGUAAGAUAUUGUUAUGAUCUCUUGACUCUUUGUGGUGGUUUACUUGGAUAAUGUUACUAGAAUUGUACUUACAUUGCUUAAUUAUCUUUCUUAAAAACUUUGUUGAUUUAAAGUUGGAUGUAUACCUAAUUGUUGCUCGGAUCCGAAUAUAAGUUCUUGUAUGCGACGAGUGCGGUGUAACUUAUUGUAUAAUGGGUUUAUUUUUUUACCUUAAAAGUUACCUGUCAAAUGGGGUAACUUUUUAUCUUAAAUAAAUCACUUUUACUUAUAUAGAAGUGAUUCAUUUAAAGUUAAA